AUGAAGUUUGGAGAGACUUUUAAGGAGUAUCUGCAUGGGGAUCAGGAAUGGUUUUUGGAUAAGUUUUCUCAUGUUGAGUAUCAAAGGCUUAAGAAAGUGCUAAAAAGCUGCAGAACCUGUAAAGCAUUACAUGACUCUAACCAAAAAAAUGAACAAAUAGAUGAUGGGAAGAAUCCCACGUUGUCUCAGUUCUGUCAAUGCCAAUCUUGCCCGACGUGUGAUCAGAUGUUCUUUACUGAAUUGACGAGGGAAGCUACCAAUAUAGCUGGAUGCUUUAGUUCCAGAGUAAAACAUCUCCUCCAUCUUCAUGUUGCCACUGGAAUGCAGAGAUACAUUUUGCGGUUACGACAAUGUUUCAAAAAUGAUCAGCAAGCCUUGGUACAAGAAGGGCGGAUGUUAAUAGAGUAUAUUACAAUGAAUGCAAUUGCUAUAUGUAAAAUCCUGAAGAAGUAUGAUAAAGUACAUAGCUCUGUAAAUGGGAAGAAUUUCAAAUCCAAGAUGAGGGCUGAACAUCUGGAGCUUUUGCAAUCACCUUGGCUGAUAGAAUUGGGAGCUUUUAACUUGAAUUUGAAUGGAUCAGAUGGUGGAGAAUUUAUUCAGUUUUCUGGUUCUUUUGCUUGCAACCUCAAUGCAACGGAACCCGUGAUGACACUGAUGCUUCCGAAUUCAAUAAUGUUAGAAUAUGAUUUAACAUGUGCUAUUUGCUUGGAAACUGUUUUCAAUCCAUAUGCCUUGAGUUGUGGUCAUCUUUUCUGCAAGUCAUGUGCUUGCUCAGCUGCUUCUGUGAUGAUCUUUCAAGGACUUAAAGCUACAAGUCCAGAUUCAAAGUGUCCAAUCUGUAGAGAGGCUGGAGUAUAUGCUAAUGCGGUACGCAUGCUAGAGCUAGAUCUGCUAAUUAAAAGAAGGUACAAAGAUUAUUGGAAAGAGAGGCUCAUCGCAGAACGCGCCAUGACGGUGAAACAGUCUAAGGACUACUGGGAAUCGCAAACGAAAUAUGUGAUUGGCUAUUAA